AUGACAGAGACCAACAGCAACGCCCGGGAGGGAUCGGCUGGCAAUAUGGCAACACGUGGCUCAAUUGAGGAAUUUAAUGUCAAUGAGCCAGGAGAAUGGAGUGAUUAUUGUGACAGACUUAAGUUUUACCUCCGUGCUAAUAGAAUUACCAGUGCUGAGGAGCGAAGGGAUACGUUCCUCAGUGUGUGCGGAAAGGCUACUUUUAAAUUAGCAAAGAACCUUGUCUCCCCGGCCACACUUGAGUCAAAGACUUUUGAGGAAUUGACUGCGGUGCUUGGCAACCAUUUUGAGCCGGCGCCUUCACAAUUGGCCUGCCGGCAGAUGUUUUACCAGCGGUACCAGCAGAGUGGAGAGUCGGCGUCAUCGUUUGUGGCUGCCUUGAGGGAACUCACCCGCUGUUGUGAGUUCCACGAUCUGGAGGAGAUGCUGAGGGAUCGUUUUGUGUGUGGCCUGUGUGAUGAGAGGCUGCAGAGGGAAUUGGUUGCCAAGAAGUCUUUGACCUUCCAGGAAGCUUAUGACUUUGUCAUCUCCCGGGAGGAGGCAGACCACACAGUUCGAGAGCUCCGUGGUGGACAGGCGACUGGUGUGCAUGCGGUGGAGACUGACACAGAGGAAGGCGUGUCGGACGAGGUAACGGGGGGAGCAUUGAAGGUGUUUCAGUCCUCCCGCCGGCAGCAAGGAAGUCGACAGCUUGAUCAUCGCCGACUGCUGGCCCAGUCGUCCCCCAAGAGCUGUGACAGUUGCGGAAAAGCACACAAGCGACGGUUUUGCAGGUUCCGCAACGCCCAGUGUCGGAAGUGUAAGAGGAUGGGCCAUAUUGCCCGACCCCAAAGUGAUAGUGUACGGCCACCACCAAGGAUCACGAAAGUGGUUCGCAUAGAGGGGGUGCCCUGUGAACUGGAAGUGGACUCUGGGUCGGGGUUCACAAUUGUUUCAGAGCCCACUUUCCGCAGGUUUUGCCCCAAAGCGGGCCGCGAUUGUCUUCGUCCCCUGGAUUUCUUUUUAAGAGACUUUAAUCAGAAUCCGGUGCCUGUCCUAGGUGUUGGGGAUUUUCGCGUCCAGCACAGAAAAUUUAAAGGCAAACUGCGAAUUGUGGUUGCAGGGGGCCGGCGGCCGGACUUAUUGGGGCGUGAUUGGUUUGAGGCCUUCGGCAUCCGCCUAGAGGGGGCCCACAGAAUAGAGUCGGCACCGUCUUCUUUUGAGGCAUUGUGCCAGGAGUUCGCAGCUGUUUUUGACGGACAAUUGGGACGAUACACAGGGCCGCCGGUGUCCUUCGAUCUGGACCCGGCUGUUUGCCCUAUCCGACUGAAGCCGCGCCGUGUGCCCUUUGCAUUGAAGCCGAGGAUCGAUGAAGAGUUGGACAAGCUUGUGGAGCAGGGGGUGCUGGAGCCCGUCUCGCAUGCCCGCUGGGAGACCCCAAUCGUGUGCCCUUUGAAGGCAAACGGCGCAGUACGGAUCUGCGCGGAUUACAAGUGCACUCUGAAUAAGGCACUGCAGCAAAAUGCCUACCCGGUGCCAGUGGUAAGCCACGUGCUCGCGUCCCUGGCAGGGGGGCAGAUUUUUGCAAAAUUAGACCUGGCGCAGGCCUACCAACAGCUCCCGGUAGACGAUGCCACAGCGGAGGCGCAGACAAUUGUUACUCACCGGGGAGCAUUUCGAGUUAAGCAUUUGCAGUUUGGGGUCAGCGUGGCCCCAGGAAUUUUUCAGGGACUGAUGGAGCGACUACUUAAGGGAAUCCCGGGGGUAAUUCCCUAUUUUGAUGAUAUACUAGUCGCCGGGGUGUCCUCAGAGGAACUGAUUUCCCGCCUCCGUGAAGUUCUGGCCCGCCUUGCAAAAGCUGGCCUUAAGGUUAAGCGGGAGAAGUGCUUCUUGGGAGUUCCCCAAGUAGAGUUCCUGGGGUUCCUGGUUGACGCCAAGGGUAUCCAUCCUACUUCUGCGAAAGUUACUGCCAUCAGGAAUGCGCCAGCCCCACAGUCAAAGAAAGAGCUGCAGUCGUUCUUGGGGCUUCUCAAUUUUUAUCAUGCCUUCCUUCCACAUAAGGCGUCUAUCGCGGAACCACUACAUCGUCUGCUUGAUGACCGGGGAACUUGGAAGUGGGGGCAGCGGGAAGCUGCUGCUUUCGCCGCAGUAAAGGACUUACUUUCGUCCGAUAGUGUUCUUACCCAUUUCCGUGAAGAUCUGCCUUUGUCGUUGGCUUGUGAUGCAUCUCCUUACGGGAUUGGAGCCGUGCUGAGCCACCGGUUACCGGAUGGGCGGGAGGCUCCCAUUGCUUAUUUUUCUCGAACUUUGUCGUUGGCCGAGAGGAACUAUGCUCAAAUUGACCGGGAGGCUCUGGCAUUGGUCGCAGGAGUAAAAAAGUUCCAUGAUUAUGUUUAUGGGCGCCUGUUCGAGCUUGUGACUGACCACAAGCCGCUGCUAGGGUUGUUUGCGCCAGACCGUCAAACACCGCAGAUCUUGUCAGCCCGCAUGUUGCGGUGGGCCAUGUUUUUGUCAGCCUACACGUAUGAACUGGUGCAUCGAGCGGGUAAAGCCCUGGGCCAUGCAGACGCCCUCAGUCGGUUGCCAUUGCCAGAGCCGGCUGAGGAUCCAUCACCGGCUUAUGGCGUUAUGUCCUUGGAAGACCUGCCGCAACCCCCUGUUAGUGUUGCAGAUGUGGCUGCUUUUUCAGCCAAAGAUCGCACUUUGGCGCGUGUUUUGGACUGGGUGUGGAGGGGGUGGCCGGAGGGCAAGGUCACAGAGGAAUUCCGGCCAUACGAGUCCCGGCGAGAUGAACUGUCAGCUCAUAAAGGGUGUCUAUUGUGGGGGAGCCGGGUUGUGAUCCCCCCAAAGCUGCGACAGCGAGUGUUGGAAGCACUGCACGAGGGUCAUCCGGGAAUUGUAAGAAUGAAGGCAUUGGCUCGCAGCUACGUGUGGUGGCCGAAAAUGGAUGAGGCCAUCGAAGAAUGGGUGCGGAAGUGUUGUCCGUGCCAAGAAUCAAGGCCAGCAAUGCCUCAAGCCCCGGUGCACCCAUGGGAAGUUACCAAGGAGCCAUGGUCACGUUUACAUGUGGACUUUGCAGGGCCAUUUCAGGGCCAGACAUUCUUGAUUGUGGUAGAUUCACACUCCAAAUGGUUGGAGGUUAUACCAGUGACCCGCAUGACCUCAGGUGUUGUUAUACGGAACCUGAGAGCCUUGUUUGUGACCCACGGGCUGCCUGACACUCUCGUGUCAGAUAAUGGGGCACAGUUUACAUCAACUGAGUUCAAGGAUUUUAUGGACGUUAAUGGAAUCCGCCAUGUCACCUCGGCCCCAUUCCACCCGUCUACAAAUGGUCAAGCAGAAAGAAUGGUGCGCACCACUAAGGAUGCGCUGCGGCGGAUAGUCUACGGAGAUUGGCACCAGCGACUCUCAUCCUUUUUACUAUCACAGCAUGUAACACCACACUCAACAACUGGGAGGAGCCCAGCAGAGUUACUGAUGAGGAGGCGCCUGACGACUCGCUUAGAUAGACUGCAUCCGGAUCGUGCGGCGGAUCGGCCGCAGGAGGCUAUCAAGGCACCUCGUAUUUUCCAACAGGGGGACCCUGUUUAUACUAAGAACUAUGGGUCCGGCCCUGCAUGGAUUCCAGCCACAGUUUCCAGGCCAACUGGCCCUGUGUCAUACGAGGUUGAGGCAGACGGCACAGGUAGUCUUCGUCGCCAUGUCGACCAACUACGGCAGCGGUGGCCCGUCCAGGAGGAUGAAUUGUCCACAAGGGAAGUGGAGCAAUUGCCAGGGCAGGUCAACAGAGAACCAGCAGUCACCCAUCCCCCUGAGGCAGUUGAAGUCCAAAUGGGAGACAGUGAGGCCGGGCCGGUAGAGGCUGAGAGGGGAACCGAGCCACGGCUAGAAGUUGAAGAGACCCAGGCGGGGGGCAGCACCCGGGAGUCCGAGCUCAGACGGUCUCAGAGGGUGCGAACCCGUCCGCGAUAUCUGAAGGACUUUGACUGUGGGUUGGUGUUUGGCGAGUCCAGCCCUUCUCCAUUCUCGGGCCACGAGCGGACGUCACUCUGA